GUAAAUACGUAAUCACGCAGCGACCAUUGAUGAAACACACGAGGAUGUUUAACUCUACGUUUAACGCGAGUAUUUCCGUGAUUAUUGUGUAAAAUAAAGUUCACAGAAGUAAUAAUCUAGCCCGGUAAAUCGAGAGAAAUGUGUGAAUUCUCUUCGCUGGGCCUGGCAGACUGGCUGGUGAAACAGUGUAAACAGCUGGGCAUCAACAAACCCACUCCGGUACAGGAACACUGUAUGCCGCCGAUACUGGAAGGUCGGGACUGUAUGGGCUGUGCUAAGACUGGAAGUGGGAAGACAGCAGCUUUUGUGCUUCCAGUUGUGCAGAAACUGUCCGAGGAUCCAUAUGGCAUCUUCUGCUUGGUGCUCACUCCUACCAGGGAGUUGGCCUAUCAGAUCGCAGAGCAGUUUAGAGUCUUUGGGAAGCCGCUGGGUCUAAAAGACUGCAUCGUCGUCGGUGGAAUGGACAUGGUGAGCCAGGCUCUGGAGCUCUCCAAACAACCACAUGUGGUCGUAGCUACGCCCGGACGGUUAGCAGAUCACAUCCGCAGCUCCAACACCUUCAGCAUGAGCAGGAUCCAGUUUCUGAUUAUGGACGAGGCGGACCGGCUGUUGGAGCAGGGCUGUACUGACUUCACCAAAGACCUGGAGACGAUCCUGGCGAUUUUACCGGCUAAACGGCAGACGCUUCUGUUCAGCGCCACGCUCACAGACACCCUGCACGACCUGAAGUCCAUCGCCAUGAACAGACCUUUCUUCUGGGAGAGCAAAUCGGAUACACGAACCGUAGAGGAGCUGGACCAGAGGUACAUCCUCACUCCUGAGAAGGUGAAGGACGCCUACCUGGUCCACCUGAUUCAGAAGUUUACCGACGAGCAUGACGACUGGUCCAUCAUCGUCUUCGUCAACACGUGCAAGGACUGCCAAAUCCUCACCAUGAUGAUGAGGGAAUUUAACUUCCCAACCAUCUCCCUACACUCCAUGAUGAAACAGAAACAACGAUUUGCAAACCUCGCCAUGUUCAAGGCCAGCGUCUUCAAACUGCUGAUUGCGACGGACGUGGCUUCCAGGGGUCUGGAUAUUCCAACUGUCCAGGUCGUCAUUAACCACAACACCCCCGGCCUCCCAAAGAUCUACAUCCACAGAGUGGGACGGACAGCAAGAGCAGGGAGGAAUGGGGUCUCCAUAACUCUGGUGACGCAGUACGACAUCCACCUGGUCCAGUCCAUCGAAGCAGAGAAUAAGACAAAGCUGAAGGAAUAUCCGGUGGUGGAGAAAGAUGUCCUGAAGAUCCUCACCCAGGUCAACGUGACCAGAAGGCAGUGUGAAAUAAAACUUGAGUCAACAGAUUUUGAUGAGAAAAAAGAGACCAACAAGAGGAAACAGCUGAUCUUGGAGGGAAAGGAUCCAGACCUGGAGGCUAAGAGGAAAGCUGAGCUGGAGAAGAUCCGGAGCCAGAAAAAGAAGUUCAAACUGAAUAUCCACGAGACCAUUGAGAAACAGAAACGUGGACAGCUGAAAAAGAAAAUUAUGAAACGGAAACAAAUGAAAAAGGCAGGGCAGACAUCAGCGUAAAAACUGGUCGUGUCCCAUGUAUAUACUUUGUGUUAUUACUGUACAAUACCUGUAAAAUGUUCAAAUGAAUCUGCAAAUAAAUCUGAACCCAGUUUCAUACCAUCAAAGAA